UCCAGCCCCACAGCGCACAAGCGCAGUACCACUGUACCAGUAGUCCAGUACCGCACGGCGCCGCGCAAUCUCCAGCUCCAGGCUUCACCGCCGUCCGCCGGCAGGCACAAGCCCAGUACCGCAGUCCGCAGGCUCACGCAGUUACGCUCCCGCAGUCCCGCUCCAUCUCGGCAUCUCCAGGCUUCACCGCCGUCCGCUGGCGCCGCCACGUUCAGCCAGCAGCCAGGCGGCAGCCAUCAAGGUCAAGGGCUCCAAGCCUCCAACGUACAGGGCUCGCAUCGCAGGUCGCGGUCGGCCGCCAGCCCGCCACGCCAUCCUGCUCCUGCCAUCCAGGCUCGCAGCAGGCAGCACGGCAGCAGAGCACGCAUACCUCAUCGGCCGACACGACGACACCGAUUGAGGAAUCAAGCAACGUAUGCAUUUAUAUGUUGUCUAAUCAUCAAUAACUUAGUAAGUUAGUAUAAGGUUUGAGGUUUUUGCAUAUGCCUAAUAGUAUCGAUGAUAGAGUAGACAUGGAAUUGGAAAGAGAAUCUAUGGGUACUGCUACUCAAUUUGAGCAAGCAAUUGUGGAAACAACAGGUGAUCGGUCACAAACUAUACGAGGUAAAUCUAGUGGAACUGAAGGCCAAGGGGAUGCUAAUUUUGUAGACCUUGCGAAUGAAACUGAGAAAAAGGAGGCAAGGAAGGAGAUUGUGCCAAGGUCAAGUAUGUGGGAUCAUUUCAUUAAGAUCAAAGAUGAGAAGGGUAGGCUAAAGUCUGCUAAGUGCAAAUAUUGUCAGCGUAUCCUUAAGGCUGAUUCCAAUCAGCAUGGUACAUCUUCAUUAAAUAAACAUUUUAAUGUCUGCAAGCGCAACCCCAAUAAAUUUGAUAAAGACCCAAAGCAAGGUACUUUGCAAGCAACCGGAGGGGAACUAGUAUGGUCUGCUAUUAAGACAUGUAUCCGAGAACUGUUUAAAGAAUAUAGAAAUAUUUAUGCACCAAUUGAAGAAUCAACAGAUGAAACAGAUUCAACUCAAGCAAAAGGUGCUCCAGGAGGGAAGCUUAAACAAGUUAUUGCCAAGAAAAUGAAGCUGACUAAUAGUAGUAACAACACUACCAAAUCAGAACUUGACAAAUAUCUAUCUGAAGAUUGUGAAGACACAGAAAAAAAGAUCGAUGUUCUCAUUUGGUGGAAGGACAAUGCACAUAGAUUGCCGGUUUUGGCUCACAUGGCCCAAGAUAUCCUUGCUAUACCAAUAUCAACAGUAGCUUCAGAGUCCGUUUUCAGCACAAGUGGGCGUAUCUUGGAUGAUUUCCGUACUUCCCUUACUCCUUUCAUGUUGGAGGCCCUUGUAUGUACCCAAGAUUGGCUAAGAAGGUCUACUCCCAUUAACAUACAAGAGAAUAUCGAGGAAUUGACUAUUAUAGAAAAAGAGCUAAUUGAAGAAUUUGGUAAUGGUGGCAAAGGAAAAAGAACCGAGGCUACUUCCACUUCCAAGUCUCCAGCAACACAUGAAAUGGCAGGAUAAGCCUUAUAUUCCUUGGCUGUGUGGAUGGACUGGGUGGUGUACUGGUGUGGAUGGACUAUGGACGUGUUGUGGGCUGAAGGCUGAAGGAUGAAGCUGAAUGGUGGCUGCUGGUGGCUGCCUGGCUGGUGCAGUGCAGCUGGCUGGGCGUGGCCUGGACAAUGUGCUUGCUGGCUGGUCGCUGGUGCAAGCAUGUGACUGUGAUUGUAAUGGCUGUGAUUGUGUGAUUGUAGACUUGUAGUGGUUGGUUCCUGUUUUUUAAUUUACUAUUGACUAUUGUGGUUGUGGCUGUGUGACUAUUGUGGCUGUUUUUUAAUUUGUUAUUGUGGACUAGAGCAACUCAUUUGUGCA